AUGACAACCGAUCCGGAACGCGCCGCCAAUACGAGCGGUACAGAAUCCGUCGAAGACGAAGACGAUAACCAUCGCAAAAUUUUAAAUAGCAAUGAUGUGUUAGCUGCUCUUCGAGGUGGUGGUAUUACUGCACCAGGAUUUGCAGAGCAAAUGCAGUCUCUUCCUGCUCCCGUCAAACGCAGGGUCAAGGCACUGAAACAACUGCAGCUUGUCACUACUAAUAUCGAGGCCAAAUUUUACGAGGAGGUCCAUGCCUUGGAAUGUGAAUACUACAAAAUGUGCGCCCCCCUUUACCAGAAGCGGAAUGACAUAAUAUCGGGCACUUAUGAGCCAACCGAUGAACAAUGCGCUUGGGAAAGCGAUGAUGAAGAAGAAACGCUAACUAAUUAUAUGAAAGAGAAGGCAAAGAUCGAGGAUACUGUAGAGAUAAAGGAUGAAGCGACGGAGAACGAGGAUGAUAUUAAAGGCAUCCCAGAUUUUUGGCUAACAAUAUUUAAGAAUGUAAGCUCGCUAUCCGAAAUGGUUCAGGAACAUGACGAGCCGAUCUUGAAGCAUCUACAUGAUAUUAAAGUAAAAUUUCUGCCAUCGAAUCCAAUGGGAUUUAUUCUCGAGUUCUAUUUCACGCCCAACGAAUAUUUCUCUAAUUCAGUGCUCACUAAAGAAUACAUCAUGAAAUGUACUCCAGACAAGAACGAUCCGUUCAGUUUUGAAGGGCCAGAGAUAUACAAAUGCAAAGGCUGCGUGAUCGAUUGGAAGAAGGGCAAGAACGUUACGAUAAAAACUAUUAAGAAGAAUCAGAAGCAUAAAUCACGAGGAUCAAUGCGUACCUCCACCAAUUGGUAA